UCAACAAUGUCGCUCAUACACUACCGCCUUCCAGCCUCCCUUCACCACCGCCAACGGCCUCUCCGGCAUCCUUUCGCCGUCGCCAAGAAGAUCACAAGUCUUCUCAGCAUGUCCACUUCCUCGCAAGAAGCAGCCAUGGAAGGGAAACAAGAGGUCCUAAACCAGGUUUUGAAAUACCACAACCAAACUAAGCAUUCCUUCAACAAUUACGCCCGCGGCCCGCACGGCCUCGAUUGGGCGAAUCAGCCCAACCCCUUCCGCCGCUACGUCUCCGCCCCGAUCGUCCCGCUCAAUCACCCCGACGCGGAUGAUCGGAACGCCCCUCCGUACUUAUCCGUAUUCAAUUCCCUGCCGAAUCCGCAACCGCUUUCGAAAACCACGAUUUCUCAGCUUUUCUACAACUCCCUCGCCCUAUCCGCGUGGAAGACGACGGGAUUCUCGACGUGGUCGCUGCGCGUAAACCCUAGCAGUGGGAAUCUACACCCUACAGAAGCAUACAUCAUCUCCCCGUCUGUAGAUUCCCUCUCCGAGCACUCUUUCGUCGCCCAUUACGCUCCGAAGGAGCACGCGCUGGAGAUUAGGGCACGAAUUCCGGAUGAUGAAUUCCUCACGGCAUGUUUCCCCGAGGGGGCCUUCCUGAUCGGAUUGUCGUCUAUAUUCUGGCGGGAAGCCUGGAAGUACGGGGAGAGAGCGUUUAGGUAUUGUAAUCACGACGUCGGGCAUGCUAUUGCGGCGAUCUCCAUGGCUGCUGCAGGGCUGGGAUGGGAUGUUAGGGUUUUAGGUGGGCUAGGUUACGAAGAGAUGGAGAAGUUAAUGGGAAUUGGGGAUUUUCCAAAGCUCAGCAUUCCCAGCAGACCAGUGAGGGGCCGAAUGCCCGAGAUUGAAUUCGAGCAUCCAGAUUGUAUGCUGCUGGUUUUUCCCACAGGUGAAAAGGAGCUCGAGGUGGAUUAUGAGAAGCUGAGAAUGGCUUUGCCAUUGUUGUCAAAACUGGAGUGGAAGGGGAAGCCGAAUAUGCUUAGUAAAGAGCACAUAUGUUGGGAUAUUAUUUACAGAACAGCAGAGUCUGUGAAGAAGCCGGCGACAAUGGCAAAGGAAUUGGUUUCGAUCCCCUUCAGGAGCAGCAGCAUGAUUAGCCAGAGUUCGUAUAAGCCGCUUAGUCUUAGUGAAGUGGUGAGGAAACGGAGGAGUGCUGUCGACAUGGAUGGUGUUACAGCGAUGACGAGGGAGACAUUUUAUCAGAUUUUAUUGCAUUGUAUGCCUUCGGGUCAUGGAGAAAGUGGGCAGAAGCAGGGGAGACAAUUGGCAUUGCCAUUUCGAGCCAUGUCUUGGGACUGUGAGGUUCAUGCGGUUCUUUUUGUUCAUAGGGUUGAGGGUCUGCCGAAUGGGUUGUACUUCUUGGUGAGGAACACUGACCAUUUCAAUGAGCUGAGGACAGCUACAAGAUCAGAAUUUAAGUGGACUAAGCCGGAUGGCUGCCCCGACAAUCUUCCGCUGUAUGAACUUGCACUGGGUGAUUGUCAGGAACUUUCGAAACGCCUUUCAUGUCAUCAGGACAUUGCCAGUGAUGGCUGCUUCAGUCUUGGUAUGGUUGCUCAUCUUGAGCCGAAUUUGAGGGAAAAGGGAACUUGGAUGUAUCCACAGCUAUUUUGGGAAACCGGCGUGCUUGGCCAAGUUCUGUAUCUUGAAGCACAUGCUGUUGGGAUUUCUGCUACUGGAAUCGGUUGCUUUUUUGAUGAUCCUGUACACGAGAUUCUUGGAUUGAAAGGUUUGAAGUAUCAGAGCCUCUACCACUUUACUAUAGGUGGUCCGGUGCUCGACAAGCGCAUCAUGAGCUUACCCGCGUAUCCCGGCCCGGGCCUCGACGCUUGAAGCCGAGGAACAAUGGCAAAA